UCGGCGCGGUGUCGAUUUACAGAUUGUUCAGAGUCAGCUGUGUGUUGUUGUCCUUCAUUCGGCUCCAAAGGUGGGCCCAGCAAUGAUAAACAAAAUCAGAUUUGCCACGAAAGUAAUCAAGAGAGAGGAAUUAAGUGAUAAGUGCGCUUCGAAAUGGGAGUCACGAGCUACCCGGGGGUCAAAGUCACCCUGAACGACGGCCUCAGGGUCAUUCAACUCAACAACCCCAAGAAGAAAAACGCACUUAGCCUGGAUGUUUACGAAAGUGUGACUCGGGCGCUGCAGGAGGCGGCGGCCGACCCUGAGACGCACGUGACCGCCCUGACAGGGUCAGGUGACUUUUACUCGAGCGGCAACGACCUUUCGUCGACCACCGAUGGACUCAUGUCUGGCGACGGCGACGAAAUCAUGACCAAGAUCAAACAGGCCGCCCAGACUUUAAAGCGAUUCGUGGACGCGUUCAUCGAGUUUCCAAAGGUGUUGGUGGCGGUCGUGAAUGGGCCGGCGUUCGGCAUCGCCGUCACCACCCUGGCCCUGUGCGACGUCGUCUACGCCACCCCCACCGCCACCUUCAACUGCCCCUUCGUCAAACUCGCCUUCACCCCCGAGGGCUGCUCCUCGCACACCUUUCCCAAAAUCAUGGGACACAGUCUGGCGUCCGAGGUGCUAUUUUUCAACCGGGUGUUGAGCGCCGAGGAGGGUCUGCGGUGCGGUCUCGUGUCCAGGGUCAGCGCCGACCUGGACAGGGAAAUUUGGCCGUACCUGCGCAAGGUGGCCAAGGACUUCAACCACAUCGCGAUGAACUUGGGGAAGGGGAUGGUGCGGCAGUGGGACAAGGAGGACCUGCUGAGGAUCAACGCGGCCGAAGUCGAGUUGCUGCAGCAAAGGUGGACCUCGCAGGACUUUUUCGACUCGUUGAUAGCCUUUUUCGCCAAAAAAAGCAAAAUGUAGUCAACUUUUUGUUGACAAAAAGUUGUAUUUUGUGAGCCAGUAUAAGAUGUGGGCAAAUUGUUUUCUUUUUUUAAAGAAAUUCUUCCAUAAUUGUUGAUAAUAAAUAAAAUUUAUUUUUGUAAUUAUUAAGAACAUUAAAAGUAAAAAAUAAAGAUUUCAUCCUGAACAAAG